UUCUCUCGAAUUAAAAAGCACUUCGCGGUGCUCUGUUAAAACACUAAAAAUUUCCGACUCAAACGAAAACCAAAACCGCCCUUACGUUGACUGAAGCUGAUAAGAUUUUAUUCGUAAUUGCUCAAAACGUUCGAAAAGCUGUUUGAAAUUGGUCAUCCAAAAUUGAACUUAUAGUUUAUGGACGUAGGUGGCGCUACUUGCGAAUAAUACACGAAACGCAUGCAGCUCACUUGCAUGAGAAAGUUAGUAACCGUCAUGCGCUAGUCGGGACAGUUUGAUGUAUGUCAUACAAGUCGAAAUUACAUACAUACAUACAUUUCGUAAAAACUUAGGUACUGCUCCGGUAACUUGUUGUUUGUGCUGCGCGGUCAUGGAGGCAUAUGCUUUGAACCAGAAUCCAAUAAGCCGUGCUGUUGACCGCAUUGAAAUUCAGGAAAACCUGCUAGACUCUUUCAUUUUUCCAAACAUCAACAAGAGCUUCGGCGAUACUGCGUGCCAACCAUAAUUUUAAAACGAUAUGAAACACAUUCCUUGCCACUGCCCAGUACUAAACUCAGAGUAUCAAGAUGGUGAGCAGGCUGCGAUUGGAGUUCAGAAAAUACUACAAAAACAGAAGGAAACUAAGAUGUAUUCUAAAGGAAACUCAGCGGACGCUUGACGCCAUUGCUGCUGAAAAUUUCUUUCCAGAUGAAAACGUGAGCACAGACUUGCUAACGCCGUUGACAUUGGAAAGGAUUACUCACAUUCUUGAAGACUCGCCAGCAAUAGUAAUAAUGGGUCAAGAUACAAAGACAAAAGCGUGCCUAGUGAACAUGUUAUUAUCGUCUGACAUUUUACCAACUUGUAACGGCUCAUGGAGAUGGAUAAAGAUCAGCUACGGAGAGACGAAUCACGUCAGUCUGACGCUGAACCUGGAAUACGAGGUGGUGGAGAGGCUUCACUGCAACGAAAAAACGUGGACUACUCUUCCCGUCGAAGAUCUAACACGAAGCGAGAACGACGACAUCAAUUGCCCAGCUGUCCUUGAAGUGAAAGUGGACAAGGUUGUGCUAAGAGACAAUGUACAAAUAUUUGUAACCCCUAAAGAUGGCGCCACUAAAGUGUUGUCAAAAGGAAUCCUGAAAGUCUUACCAAUAUUCUUUUACGCACUGGGAGAGCAUCCCCUGAGCCAAGAAAACUUGGAUGAAUUGAGAGACCUGAAAGAAACUUAUCCCGAUUACCCGGUUCUCUUUAUAUCCUCAGAAAUCAAUAUGUUAGUUAACGAUGCAGAUAUGGAAUUAACAGAAUCCGAACAACACCACCUCCAGGAAACCAUGUCCGAGAACAGGUCAACGUCCCUACAAGACAGAGAGGAGAUAAUCACGGAAAAAAUGAAUCUCCUUGGUCUUACAUGGUUGAAUCAAAUAGCUAGUCUGGGAUUCAUGCGAAUGGAGGAAUCUGUCGAGGUUGAUCAACUCUCCUGGCUCGUUGGAAGUAACUACAACAGCUCUAGUCAGUUCAUAAAUUCACAACAAAAGAUGGACCAAUUACUUCGAUUCACAGAGGAGUGCCUGCAGAAGUAUUUGGUGAACGCCAGCAACCUGUUGAACGGAGUCCAUACGACUAGUCUACGCAAAUUCAUACUGAGCGCUUUUGACAUGGCGAGAGAAUUGCAGAUAACGCCGCGUAGGAUACAAUACGCGCGACAAAAGGAGAAUGAGUUGUACAGCAGUUUGAUGAAGUUGGUUAGCGAGAAGCAGGAGGAGGUUACCGAACUGAUACAAAACAUUAUUGACGAAAUGAAAACUGAUCUGAUCGAGGGGGAUCGCAAUUACCACAGCGAAAGUAUUAACCUGGAAAAUGACGACACGAGAGAAUGGUGCGACACCAUUCGUGCGGCGACGCUCAAAGUCCAAAGACUGCUGCUGAGCUCUCUGAGUGAACGAGUGGCCAAACAAUUAGUAACAUCUGUCGACUGCCUGCGAGAAACGUUCGUUGGAACAUUGCAGAGGUGUUUGCUGAGUCUCGAAAGGAGUUGCGAGCACGAGUCUAGUCUGUUGGCGAGCGACGCCCUCAAGCAGAUACUAUCGGCAGCGUACAACGUCGAGUUAACUGAUAAUUCCACGUCAAUGGUUCACUCGUUCCUAGAGAGAUUAAGGCAACUGGUCAAGUCCCUCCCACUUCCCUGGUCUUCGACACCAGUACUCGACGUUUCGUGGAGGAGAAGAGUAGCCGUUGACAUUCUAAACUCUCUAAAUUCAGCCCGGCUCUCUAAAGCCAUAGCAACGCAGUUCAGAGAAAAGGUGAAAUCCUCGCAUGACUCAUUUCAGUCAGCGCUUCGCUCUCUAGAAAGUCAUUACUCUGGUAAGCUUGAAAGAACGGAGGAACAGAGGGUCGCGAUAAGGAAAAUCCACGCCCCAAGACUGGCUAGACUUGCUCUAGAAUCUACAUCCAUGAGCGAUAUGGUGAGAUAUGGGAUACCACGUCAGGGUAAAGAGAUUGGCAGGGGUCAGUACGGUGUUGUGUUCUCCUGCGAUGAAUGGGGAGGGGCACCGGGUCCAUGUGCGGUGAAAUCGGUCGUACCACCUGACGACAAACACUGGAACGACUUGGCAAUGGAAUUUUACUACACAAGAUCGAUACCCGAUCACAAAAGGAUAGUAAAGCUGCGCGGUUCGGUUGUCGACGACUCGUAUGGCGGCGGUUGCGGACUCUCGCCAGCUGUGCUACUCGUUACAGACCGCCUGAGCCGAGACCUUUACUGCGGAAUAAAGGCAGGACUGUCAUGGCUUGAAAGAAUUCAGAUUGCAAUAGACGUCAUCGAGGGGAUAAGGUACCUUCAUUCCCAAGGACUAGUUCACCGCGAUAUCAAACUGAAGAACGUUUUAUUGGAUACAGACAACCGUGCCAAACUAACGGAUCUCGGCUUUUGCAUACCAGAAGCGAUGAUGUCUGGCAGUAUCGUCGGCACUCCAGUACACAUGGCGCCGGAACUAAUUUCAGGACAUUAUGACAGUAGCGUAGAUGUCUAUGCAUUCGGAGUCUUGUUCUGGUAUAUAUGUGCGGGAAAUGUACGACUCCCCUUUGCCUUCGAACAAUUUCACAACAAGGAACAGCUCUGGACAAGCGUUAGAAGAGGCUUGAGACCAGAAAGACUCGACCAUUUUGAUGACGAAUGUUGGACACUAAUGGAGCAAUGCUGGGCUGGCGAACCACCGCGAAGGCCAUUGUUAGGUGCUGUACUACCCGUCCUUGAGUCGAUACGAGAAAGAGCCGAACAAGAUGACGACUCUUCUGUGUCAGAUACUGGGCCAUGAACAAAAACAAAGCAUGGAGUGAAAUCUCAAUGAAGGACAACACCAAAUUACAUUCAUUUGCAUGUACAUUUACGCGUCAAAAUGUUCGAUGACUAGUGAAUAUAUAAAAGGGCAUAUCUGCGCAAGGAUACGUGUAGAAGUAUUGAAAGACAAGUAGUGAAAAAAGUUAAAAAGAAAAUGAACUUCUUGUAAAAAAAAAGAAACGAAUGAUUAAGUAUUUAUAAAUAUCAGUGAGAUAAUAAUAUAUCUUUGACAGAAAUUAUAUACCACUGAUAUCAUUAGAUUCUAACUAUUCUUGAGAAGAAAUAUCAAAACUAAUAAACAGUACUUAGGAAUUUAGCAGCUGAGGAUAGAUUGUAAUUUUUAUAAAUAUACGUAAAAACGUGUAAACCUAUGCAUCAUGUGAGAUUAUUUUUUAUUUAAUGUAAUUAUUAUUUUUUAGAACUACGUAGAAAUACUUUAAUAAACAUAUUUUUUAAUACUUUAAUCAAGGUGUAUCAAUGACUGCAUCAUUUACGCGAUGUUAUGCAUCAACAAUAUUUAUUAAAGUAUACAUAAAUAUUUGUAUGUGAUUAAGAAACUAGUCUAGUUUAAUAAAUCAUGAACGUCAUUGUUAUUAUCUUGAUUAUUGUAAUUAUUGCAACAGCUCUAAGUUGCUUUUAGCCUUUUCAAGCUCAUGGAGGAAUUUGUAAAAUUGUCCAAGUGUCAUUUCCGUAAAUAUAUUACUUCUUUCGCCGUUACCCUCGUCGACGAGUAAGCGUAGCUGGAGAAAUGUUUUUCCCAAUCUAUCAGAUUCGCUACUCGCUGCUGUCACUGUCAUAAUAAAAAAUAAGGCGCAUUUAUGACUGUAUUUUAUACAGUUAUCUUCAUUUAACAACUAUA